ACUGGGCCUCAGUCUUCCUUCGUGUGAUUUGGGUUUUGGGAGUUUGUUGAGCAAAACGUGGAGUGGAACCUCAGCCUAAUGCUUCAAGCAAUUCUAGUGCUAGGGUUUCCUUAUUCCCCACUAAUCUUAGAUUCCAAUUAAUUCGUCCCCAAUUUUCGCCGAUCUUUACCCGCAUCGCCGCCUCCGCCUUCGCCUCUACGUCCGACCAUAUCCCUUCCGGCUAAUAUGCUGGAAAUUGCUCGAAGAAAUUUUAGUUUCUGUAUUUUGUGGUCCAAUUUAUUCCCGACUGUUUGUUCUAGGUAUCGCUUUCUGCAAAUUCUAGGUUUUCUCUAUUGAUCGUGUGACUUGUCGAUAAGUAAGGUAGAAAAUUUUACGGUUCUUGGAGCUGAUUUGUGUUGUUUGUGUGUAAAUAUUGGGGAAAUUAUAGUUUUUCUUUUUAAUUUGGUUUGAAAUUGAGAAUAUGCAUAUUGAAGAAUUGAAUAGAGGAGGGGAAGUAGAUAGUGGGAAGGAGGGAACUUUUUCUGGUGGCAAUGGUAGUGACUUCGGCAGCCGGAGCAUUGUCAUUGCUGAUACCAAAAGGGUUUUGGUUGGGGCAGGGGCUCGUGCACUUUUUUACCCAACUCUGCUUUACAAUGUUGUCCGGAAUAAGUUUCAGGCCGAAUUUCACUGGUGGGACAGGAUUGAUGAGUUUAUAUUGUUAGGGGCUGUUCCAUUUCCCACUCAUGUUCCCUGCCUAAAGAAGUUGGGAGUUCAUGGAGUUGUUACUCUUAAUGAACCAUAUGAGACCUUGGUUCCCACUUCCCUAUAUCAUUUUCAUGGCAUUGACCAUUUGGUUAUACCAACAAGAGACUACUGUUUCGCUCCAUCACUAAGUGAUAUAUACCACGCCGUAAACUUUAUUCACGAAAAUGCAUCACAUGGACGCACUACAUAUGUUCACUGUAAGGCUGGUCGGGGGCGCAGCACAACAGUCGUUAUUUGUUAUCUGAUUCAACACAGGCAGAUGACACCCGACUCUGCCUAUGCUUACGUUAAGACGAUUCGGCCUAGGGUGCUUUUAGCCCCUUCUCAAAGGAAGGCUGUUCAGGAAUACUAUUCGUUGAGGAUGAAAAAUGCAGUUGUCUACAGCCCCAUGACCAAUCUUAUAAAGAAAGCUCCGAGGUCUGCAACCUCUCAGGAUUUGGUUGCAUUUGAUGAUCGUUCUGUGGUAGUGAUAACAAAAUCAGAUCUUGAUGGUUAUGACUCAAGCAUUGAUCUCAAGUCGACUUCUGUGGGAAACGAGAUAUGGGCAGAUUUGAGUGUGGUUUGUCGGGUUCGAGUUGCUGGUCAGGCAGCUCUGGCAAGAAUCUCAUGCCUAUGGCUUCGUUGCCAUGCCUACCAGAAUAACACUAGCGAGAAGCUUCACAGAGAGAGCAGCUGCUCAAUAAGGACUGACCAUCUUGGAGGCAUCAGUGUGGGCAUCCACGUCUACUGAGAAGAGCCUGUAGUUUGCAUAUAUACCGUCAAGUUUUCUGUCUUUCCCAUGUUUUUUCGUCGUACAGAAAAUUGCAUGUAAUUAUGUCAUUAGGGACAACUGAAAGCUGUUGUUUCCGCUCUUGUAAAUGAGUUGUUACAUUGAGUCUCUGGUAAGUAUUUGAGCAUUAUGGUUCGAUCAUUUAAGUGUUCAUUCGAUCAUGCUAUAAGCGGUAACAGAAAAAUACGUUUUCGGAACAUAAAUAAAGUCUUGAACUCUUGAUCA